CAACCUUUAUUUUAUGCCAUGUUAGAAUUUCAAAAGCAAAUAUUAACAGAAAUAGUGACUGAAGAUGGUUUAUUGAUUGUGUCGCCUGGUUUAGGUCUUUUUCAAGUAUUGUGUUCACUUGUUCAGAUUUAUACGGGUGGUAACCACCUUGUUUUGCUUAUCAACUCUACAAAAGAACAAGACGAACUGAUACAAGAACAACUUAUUGCCAAUGGUGUUGCUCACCAACAUCUUUUACGUAGAAUUGAGUAUAAUACACCAGCAGAAAAAAGAAGCAGCAUGUAUCGAGAAAGUGGUGUGUUUUCAAUUACUUCGAGAAUUUUGGCAGUAGAUAUGCUAUUGAAUCGAAUUCCUAUUGCCUUAAUCAAUGGUAUGGUAGUCCAUCAUGCUCACAGAGUCAAACCUAAUUCGAUGGAAGAAUUGAUUUUGAGAGUGUAUCGAGAACAUAAUAAAGAAGGCUUUAUUAAGGCAUUCACAGAUAGACCAGAUGCUUUCAGCACUGGAUUUGCACCUCUACAGAACGUCAUGAAAUCUUUAUUUUUACGCAAAGUUCAUUUAUGGCCUCGAUUCCAAGUGUUGGUGUCUGACAACUUGUCUGCAUCCGAUAGCAACAUUGUCGAACUUCGUCAGCCUAUGACAGAAUCCAUGGACAUCAUACAACAAAACUUGGUUCAAUGUAUGGAAGAAACAUUGCAGGAAUUACGUCGAGCCAAUCCUACCAUUGAUCUUGAAGAGUUUACAAUUGAAAAUUCGUUCUUCAAGUCGUUUGAUACUCUUGUCAGAAGACAACUAGACCCUAUUUGGCAUCGUGUGUCUUCUGCUUCAAAGCAACUGGUGGGCGAUUUAAAAGUGUUGAGGCAAUUGUUGGGAUACCUUACAACUUAUGAUUGUGUAUCUUUUUAUAGUUUUAUUGAAACGAUUAUUGCCGCAAACACAUCUGUUAAUGGCAAACAAGUCAAGCAAUCCCAAUGGUUGUUUUUAGAAGCGGGUAGUAAAGCCAUUAGUACAGCUAGGAAGCGUGUGUAUGUCAAACAAGGUGAUUCUGAAUAUGAUGAUAUACCAGACAAUGAUACAGCAGUGUAUCCAGAAAUACCGUCCCAUAUUAAGCUCGUAUUGGAAGAACAGCCUAAAUGGGCCUUGUUAAAAAGCAUCUUGAAAGAAAUCGAAACAGAAUCGAUAGGACUCAACAAGGGCCAAGGAGAACCUGUGUUGAUCAUGGUUUCCGAAAGACGUACGUGUGCACAACUAAAAGACUAUAUCACUCGGUUUCAACAAGAAGCUCCCUUUUUGGACAAGAUAGCUCAUCACUUUUUUCGAUGGAGAGUGUCUAUUCAUAAAAUGCAAACACAUCAAGUGGAACAAUCAAAAGCAGCUUCAGCACAACCCUCAACAACAAUGAUGCGAGGUCGUGCACCGCCCAAUAAACGAAGAAGAGUAAGAGGUGGAUCAACAACGGCUGCUUCAGGGCCUGAUAGGUCGCACACAUUAGCAGAGACAUUCAAGGACGAUGUGAUUGACAACUUAUCAGCACUCGAUGUAGACACAGAUAAUGAUGACCAAGAGGAGGUCUUGUUUCAAGGUGUAGGACCACUAACAGAUGCUUAUGAAAUCAAGACAAGUGGAGAUGAUAUUCUGCCUACUUUUGAAGAGAUACCCAAUACAUCUAUCAUUACCAUUCAAUGCUUUGAAGAUGACAUCAAUAACCAAGUCUUGGAAGAUACACAACCGCGAUAUAUUGUCAUGUUUGAUCCAAACCCAGCAUUUGUGCGUCAAGUAGAAGUCUAUCGAGCAUUGCACCCUUCAAUAGACAUUAAAGUGUAUUUUAUGCUGUAUGAAAAUUCAGUAGAAGAACAAAACUAUCUUAGUUUGAUUCGAAAAGAAAAAGAGUCGUUUGAACGAUUGAUUCAUGAGAAAUCAAUUAUGGCUAUUCCACUUCCAGAACAACGCAAGGUACAAGAAGAACUGAUUGUUCGUCCAAGUACACGAAUUGCUGGUGGCCAAGAAACGACUGUAACCAAGGAACCUGCCACAGUCGUGGUUGAUUUGCGUGAAUUCAGAAGUUCACUUCCCCCGAUAUUGUAUGCUGAAGGCAUUCAAAUUGUACCAUGUACAUUACAAGUAGGCGAUUAUAUCUUGAGUCCUGAUAUGUGUGUAGAAAGAAAAUCUAUUUCAGAUUUGAUUCAGUCUUUUAAUUCGGGCAGAUUGUAUACUCAAUGUGAAAGCAUGUCAUUGUAUUACAAAAUUCCUAUUUUGUUAAUUGAAUUUGAUCAAAACAAGUCUUUUUCUUUGCAGGCUGUUUCUGAAAUGAAGGAGACAAUACGUAUGACGGAUUUGUCUUCUAAGCUGGUGAUGCUUACCUUGGCUUUUCCUAAACUGAGGACUAUCUGGUCUUCAAGUCCACACGAGACUGCAAAGAUCAUUAGCGAACUCAAGAAAACGGAACAAGAGCCAGAUCCAGACACUGCUACUGCUAUAGGCGCAGAAGGACCUGAGGACGGUGAGACUGUUUAUAACAUGACACCACAGGAAAUCCUUCGAAGUAUGCCAGGAGUCACUUCUGCAAAUUACAGGAUCAUUUUAAACCAAGUACAAGAUUUGGAAGAACUGAUGCACUUGAGCAAAAAGAAAAUCCAACAAAUGAUUGGGGAGGAGUUUGGUUCAAAACAACAAGCUACUGUCUCUGAAACAAAGCUUCGAAAAAUUCUCGAACUGAAUGAUAAAUUAAAGCAGCAACUUGAUAUUCCUCGAAUCCCUGUCUCUGAAGCCAGUCGCUCGUUAAUUGAUUUUUGCAAGUCAACUUCUGAUCCCAUGCUUCCCUCCAUCUGGGGAAACCGACAUCCCGAUCCUUUUGCUGAACCUGCCAAUGGUUGUGGUGCUAGUUGUUUACUUAUGUAGAUAAUAAUAAGAAAGAGGAAGAAAGAAUUAUUUUUUUUUGGGCAUUUUAGAACAAUGCUAUCACUAAUUAUGUAUAAUAUAUAUACCCCGCAUACCUAUCUUUAUAUUCGCUUGUAUGUCGUGUAUCAGCCAAUUCUUAACACAAUAAAUACUUGCUUGCAAGUAGCUUUCGUUUAUGAUCUGUCAAUGCAAUCCGAUUUUUUGGGAUUCAAUUUUGAAUUUGCAAGAGUAAGGGGGGGACAAUCUUUAGUUGUCAUAGGAAGGCUUACAAUUGGAUUUAUUGCAUUGAGUGUUCAAAACUAUUAUUAUUAUUAUUUUUUUUGUUAUUAUUAUUGCCCUGCAUGCCAUAGAUUUGUGC